AUGAAGGAAGAGAACGGAUGGCAGGACCAAAUCGACCAAACCCAAGAACAAAGCGCCAAAGCCGACCCGCAAACAGGAAGCUUGCUGUUUCAGCGACUGCCGCAAGAAAUGCGGGACUAUGUAUACGCACUAGUCUUCUCUUCAACAAGAUUGAUGUCUGACUAUAUUAACACCAUGAUGCCCAGUUCUGAACCGAACGGCCUCGCUCUGCUCCGCGCUUGUCGUCGAGCUAAGCUCGAGAUCGGCAACUCAUGGUUACUCUACGUCCUAUUUUGCUUUAGACGUGGCGAAGACAUGCUCGAUAAGCUAUCCGCGCUACCCGCUGAUACCCUCUCAAAGAUACGCCACAUGAGAAUCAACGGCGCUCCCAUCCACUUCCGUCGUCCCAUUGGGCACGAACCGCGCCGUGACCGCUUCGAUUAUGACUACUUCGAAUAUCGCCUUGCAUCCGUUUUCAAGCUUUUACCAGGCCUACAGCUGGACCAGCUCACAGUUGUCGACGGCAACGAUGAGACUGAUUGCUACAGAUCGCUCAACUCCUUCAUCGAAGAAGGCAAUGGGUGGAAAGCUCUGCGUUAUAUUACCCACAACUCAAAAGUGUUGGGUUUCAAGGUCUCGUCGACAUUCGGACCCUGGAGAAGGCCCCAGCCAAUGCACUGGCAAAUGGUCAUGGAAAGUCGCGACGGGGCGGCCUCGAACCCUUUGGUGACGGUCUACCGUGCCCAGCAGCCGACCCAAGUCCCUCGGGCUGGUUACGGCUGGAUCCUUGACCCAAACAUGCGGGUCAAGUUCGAACAGAAGUCGCGUGAAGGCCAGGAUUUGCGGCCGGACGUCCUCCCGGAGGACUCGGAACUGAUGACCGGAGACGAGCAAUGGAAAGCAAUGUUGGUCAUCGUGGAGAGGGGCUCUGGUGCUGACUAUGAGCAAAAGAAGGGUUCACCACCUGCACCACUCGAUAAGAGUGAUAUGCGGCGGGACUUUCGGGGGAUGACAUGGGAACAGAUAAAAGAUACGUGUGAAAUAUCUAAGGAAUGUAUUGGUAGGAUCUGUUUCUAUAGCAACUCGCGCGAAUCUGAUCUUUAA